CGAUUCGCUUGUUACCACCGCGUGGCGCGUUCACGUCACUUCCUGAUGACCCGGAAAUUACGCACAUUGCUGGGUAAAUAAGCUGCGUGCGCUGUGUUUGAUAGCUGUUUUCAUCCCUUUGCGUGUUUCACUGUUUUUAAUCGUUUUUAAAGUUGCUCCUUUGUUCAAAAGUGCUGAAUUUUACGGGAGAUGGGAGUCCCCGCGUUUUUCCGCUGGUUGAGUCGGAAGUAUCCGUCGAUAAUUGUGCACUGCCUGGAAGAGAAGGCCAAGGAGUACAAUGGCGUUAAAAUCCCAGUUGAUACCAGCAAACCCAACCCAAAUGAAGUGGAGUUUGACAACCUGUAUCUGGACAUGAACGGAAUUAUCCAUCCAUGCACACAUCCUGAGGACAAGCCAGCACCAAAAAAUGAAGAUGAGAUGAUGGUUGCCAUUUUUGAAUAUAUCGACCGUCUCUUUAACAUCGUUCGACCAAGACGGGUUCUGUAUAUGGCAAUUGAUGGUGUGGCUCCUCGAGCUAAAAUGAACCAACAGCGUUCCAGACGUUUCCGGGCGUCUAAGGAAGGAGUGGAGCUUGCGGAAGAGAAACAAAAAAUGAGAGAAGAAGUGAUUGAGAGAGGUGGCUACCUUCCACCUGAGGAAAUUAAAGAGCGUUUUGACAGUAACUGUAUCACACCUGGGACCGAGUUCAUGGAUAACCUGGCCAAAUGUCUGCGAUAUUAUGUUGCAGACAGACUGACCAAUGACCCUGGAUGGCGCAAUAUAACAGUUUUCCUGUCGGAUGCCAGCGUUCCUGGUGAAGGAGAGCAUAAAAUUAUGGAUUACAUCAGGAGACAGAGAGGUCAGCCAAAUCAUGACCCAAACACGCAUCACUGUCUCUGCGGAGCUGAUGCUGAUUUGAUUAUGCUGGGUCUGGCAACACAUGAACCCAACUUCACCAUUAUAAGAGAAGAGUUUAAACCUAACAAACCCAGACCCUGUGCUCUUUGUAGUCAAAUGGGCCACGAGAUUAAAGACUGUCAGGGUUUGCCAAGAGAAAAACAGGGCGAGCAUGAUGAGUUUGCAGACACCAUUCCAGUAUCCGAACAGGAGUUCAUAUUCAUCCGACUGGCUGUGUUACGAGAGUAUCUGGAGAGGGAGUUGACAAUGGCCAGUCUGCCGUUCCCGUUUAGCUUUGAGCGGAGCGUCGACGACUGGGUGUUCAUGUGUUUCUUUGUGGGAAAUGACUUCUUGCCCCACUUACCGUCUCUUGAGAUCAGAGAGGGCGCCAUCGAUCGUCUGGUUGGCAUCUACAAAGAUGUUGUGCAUAAAACUGGGGGCUACUUAACAGAAAACGGCUUUGUCAAUCUGGAGCGUGUUGAGCUCAUUAUGCAAGCCGUAGGGGUGGCGGAGGACAACAUCUUCAAAAAGCGCAAGGAAGAUGACGAGAGUUUUAAACGGAGAAUGAAGGAUAAGAAGAAACGGAUGAAAGCAGAGCAGCGUCCAUCAUUUCUCCCUGGGGGUCAGUUUGCUCCUCACGCUCUGGGUGGCAGAGAUCGGCCAAUGGCAGUGCAGAACGCCAGACAUGCAGCAUUCGAAAUGAGGAUGCAGGGAAACCAGCGCAAUCAGGAUGCCGCUCAGUCCUUGAGAGCCAUGAUGAGAAAUGGGAAGGGUUCUGCUGAAUCCAGUGGCAGCAUGGACAAUCGCGGUGUAAAGCGUAAAGCUGACGACAGCGACAGCGAACCAGAGCCAGAAGAUAAUGUCAGGUUAUGGGAGGACGGCUGGAAGCAGCGUUACUACAAAACUAAAUUCGACGUGGAUGCGACGGACGACGAGUUUCGUAAGAAAGUGGUGCAGUCGUACGUGGAGGGCCUGUGCUGGGUGCUCCGCUACUACUAUCAGGGUUGCGCAUCCUGGAAGUGGUAUUUUCCCUUUCAUUAUGCUCCGUUUGCCUCCGACUUCAAAGACAUCAAGGGCAUGUUCAGUGAUUUCGAGAAAGGGACCAAACCGUUUAAACCCCUGGAGCAGCUGAUGGGUGUGUUUCCUGCCGCCAGCGGAAACUUCCUGCCCACAACCUGGAGAGCUCUGAUGUCAGACCCAGAAUCCUCCAUUAUUGAUUUCUACCCUGAUGACUUUGCCAUUGAUCUGAAUGGGAAGAAGUACGCCUGGCAGGGUGUUGCUUUGUUACCGUUUGUGGAUGAGCGGAGGUUACGGGCCGCAUUAGCAGAGGUCUACAAUGACCUGACCCCAGAGGAAGUGAGGAGGAACAGUUUGGGGAGUGAUGUGAUGUUUGUGGGAAGGUCUCACGCUCUUUGUGAUUUCAUCCAGGAGCUCUACCGUGCAGAAUCUCAUACGGCCACUGAGAUCCCUGCAGAGUUUUGUCAUGGAAUCCAAGGUAUAUUAAAUCUUGAUGAAGACCCUAUUCUACCAGAUAAACUAGUGGAGUCUCCAAUCCCAGUGCUGAGAGACAUCAGUAGCAACUGCGCUAUUGGAAUCAAAUUCAAGGAUCCGCAGUAUGCCGAUGGCUUUGUGUUCAAGGCUGUUAUCCUGCCAGGGGCUAAGAUCCCUAAUAAGGUACUGAAACCAGGUGACUGGGAGCAAAGUAACCGCGGCCCAUGGAGACCACAGCUGGGAUUCAAUCCAAACCGCCAACAAGCCCAUCUGGACCAAUCAGCUUUCAGAAAACUCAAUCACCAUGUGGGCAGAAGUGAUGGGCCGGGUAUCUAUGGCUCCGGUCCGCCUUCUGAUGCUCAUCGUAGGGGUGGAGCUUACAGCAGUGCCCCGCCCCCCACAAACUAUCACCAAGGAAACUACCGUCCCCCUCAAAGAGACCACUACUCUCAGAGCCAGAGCCAGUACUCCAGACAGCCUCACAUGAACACUGGGUCAUAUCCCAGGUUCCAGCAGGGAUCUCAUGGUUGGGAUCGAGCCAUGCAGAACCAGGGCUCUUCAUACCAGCAGAACCAGCAGAGGGGACGAGGAGACUGGAGACCCCAACAAAACCAGCAGGGCUUCAAUUCUGGACGUGGGUAUGGAUUGCCUCCAGCCUCACGAAGAUACAACUGGAACUAAGCUCAGUCUGAUAAGGAAAAAAAAUGCAACUUAUUUUCUAUUCCAAGCAAACAUUGUCUCCUUUUUUUGGCCUGUUGAUUUGUAAACUUUUUUUUUUUUCUCUCAUUGUUUUACUGAUCAAAUGUUCUUAUGUAUUAACUUUUAAGAAUAUGCUGUAAAGCUUAUGAAAUACACAUGAGACAAGCCUGAUUUUGAGAUUUUUAUUUUAUUUCGUGUGUGUGUGUGUGUGUGUGUGUGUGUGUGUGUGUGUGUGUGUGUGUGUGUGUGUGUGUGCGCAUAUUUUAGGUUUUCAUUUGAUUCUCAAUUUUGAUGCAGAUCAGUUUAUAAAAACUCCUAAUUCGUUACUGUGUCAGUUUGUGUAGUGUGUUAAUCUUUAAAUGAAUAUUCAUAGCUUAUCUCUUGGUGAUUAUAGAUGCAGAUCAACAACAAUGAGAGUGUUUAAAGGAGUCUUGAAUUAAUUAAUUGGUUAAACAAUAAUAGUAAUAGAUAUGGCUGGCACGUGUGAAUAUCAUGAGUAAAUCUGCUCCUGUUUAAGUAGAGCUACACUUUUGAGUUUAUUAACAUUUUGAAAUGUGUAUAUAUAAUUUACAGUUUGAUUUCAAUGAUGAUAUACAUUUUAGGUCAAAUCUAAAUGCGCAUUUCAUUUUUUUUUAUUGCUACUCGUUAAAGUUUUUGUAUUUUAGGCUUUAAUGCCCAUUUAUUUUAAUUGUUUCCAUGCCUUACAUUAAAAUUGGAUUAAACGAUGCAAAAACAACUUUAAUUCACAACACAUUCUCUAUUAGGCUAAUAUUUUGUUGACAUUUUUUCCUUAUGUUAUUAUGUUGUUGUUAAAUGUAGAUUUAGCGGGGCAAAAAGUUGACAUUUCUCAAGGUUUAAGACUUUUGCUGAAGCUUCCUUAAGACUUCUUUGUUUUAGUUUCGUAAAUUGUGAAACAAACUUUGAUUUCCUGAUUAAAUGUUUGAUUAAAACACAUUUUAAGAACGUUUAAAAAAA